AUGGCUGAUGAAAAGCCCAAGGAAGAAGUCAAGACUGAGAACAAUGAUCAUAUUAAUUUGAAGGUGGUGGAGCAAGGAGGUUCUGUGGUGCAGUUUAAGAGUAAGAAGUGUGCACCUCUUAGUAAACUAAUGAAAGCCUACUGUGAACAACACGGAUUUGAUGAACAACCUGCACAGUUGGAAAUGGAGGAUAAAGAUACAAUUGAUGUGUUCCAGCAGCAGACAGGAGGUGUCUACUAA